AUGUCGGAUGUGAGAAGAAGAGUCAAGGUGACGUGGAGUGACGACCUCAGCCACAACUCUGAGGAGGAGAGAGAGCGGGAGCGUCUAGCGCAACUGGAGAGGGAGCUAGCGGAGCAGCCAGUCAAACCAGUCUACGAUCUCCAAGAGUUACAGCAACUGGUGUCUUACGUCAUGAGAAUGACAACCCUCUACGACCUUAGAGACGAGGACUGGAACAAGGAGGCCAUCCAGGGCAUAGAAGACUGGAUAACAGAGCCAAAAGACCUAAUUCUCUGCAUAUACUACAAAGGGGAUAAACUAAAAGCUGCUUCAGACAUACCACUGUCUCCGGUUUACGACCUUACUUACUUCCUAAGACAACCUGACUACGUGUUCAAAGCUGAGACGUUUCAUGAUGAUAUAAUUUUUGGGACCUUCGUCGAUUCAGUCGAGUCGAACAUGAUACAAAUCCUAGAGUUAAUGUAUGCGCCGUAUUUCUUCGCUAUCACCACUUGGCCAGAUAGUGUAAAAAGUGAAUUCUGCUCCCAACUGCACACAUUCCUGGCGAAGCUGACAGAUAUGUACUACAAAAUGCUUGGUCUCACCGUCCUCUAUAUACCAAGAGAAGGCCAACAAUUGUCUUUUGAAGUGGCUUCUCUUGAUCGGGAGUUGGUGAAGAGAUUGGAAGGUGUAGUGGUUUAUUGGACACACCAGAUCAAGUCGUGUAUCGAAGACCAGGCCUCCGUUGCUUCGCAGAAGGAACUUUUAUGUCCGAGUGAUGAAUAUGAUUUUUGGGUUUACAGACAUGAAAAUUUAAACGCACUAGUUUACCAGUUGAAGAACCCAGCAGUGAAACACAUCACAAAGAUACUAGUGACAACUCACUCCACGUUUAUCCACCAGUUUCAAACGCUGUGCGACGAAAUAAUGCUUAAGAUUGAGGAAGCAACAUCGAACAUUGAGUAUCUUCAAAUUAUCAAGCAACCGUGUGCAGUUCUGGAAUGUGUUGUAGAUCCAGAUGAAAUAUGCAAGCACGUCCCAAACAUCAUAAACCUUUUCAGAUUCAUCUGGAUGCAAUCACCAUACUACAAUUCGGAGACGCGUAUAACGAAUCUGUUCAAAGAUCUGAGCAAUCAAAUCAUUAUAUUGUGCAGGAACUACAUUAAAUUAGACGACCUAUUUAGCGGGCAAACUAAGAAAGCUUUAGGGGAAUUCACUAAAUGCAUCGAUUGUUGUAAACAGUAUCGCGAGAUUUAUGAUCUGAUGUUCGAAGCGCACAGCGAAAAGGGACCUGGCACAUGGAAUUUGGACACGGGGUCGAUAUUCAAUUAUAUUGACUCAUUUGUCCAGAGGUGUUUUGAUAUGCUGGACGUUUGCAAUUGCAUGAUCAUAUUUGGAAGAAUCGACGAACUAGAAGUAAUAAACAAACCGAUGUUUAGUGGUGCACGCGGUGACCAGUUUGAAGCUAAGUGUGACCAAAUCGAGCAUAUGUUUCACGACGCCUUGGAUAAUGUCAAAGCAGUUACUCUUAGUAUACUGGAUGUUCAGGCGCCUUCUUGGUACGAUGAUAUUCUGCAGUUUCGAACUGUCAUUAAAGAUAUAGAGAUCAUAAUAGAAAACUUGGUUGAAACCGUAUUCGAAGGAGUCAACCACGUAGAGGAAGCCGUGGUUGCACUGUUCUCCUUGCAUAACUACUCAAAACGGAAGAAUCUUCGACGUAUAUACAAGAGGAAGACUGCAGAAGUAUGGGCGAUGUUCAGCGAAGAAGUUCAAGAAGCUAAGAAAGAAACUGUAUCAUCGAGAGGAGUUUAUCCUGCCGAUCUACCCUCGUUCGCUGGAAGAGCUGUUCUUUUAAGGCUGCGCAGAAAUCGACUAGCUUAUCUUAAAAAGGUUAUGACAGAUGCUUCCGUCUGGCUUAUGCCGUGCAGCAAUUCUGAAGACGUCAUAAUGCACGUAAACAGGCUUAUGGGUGCCAUCGACGUCGCGAUAAGGGAGCUAUGGAUUUCUUGGACGCACAACAUAGACGAAAAGUGUUCUGCCGGUCUCAAUAAAACCUUGAUGAGAAAGAGCGCUGAGAAUCCAGGAUUAAUGGAGUGUAAUAUUGACGUAAAUAUCUUGGAACUGUUUAAAGAAGCCAGCAACUGGGAAAAUUUAGGCCUUGAUAUACCGCUUCAUGCAUUUCAGGUAUACAUGAAGAGCAAGACGGUAUAUUAUGUUUACGAAAGCGUUUUGGCAGUUGUAAAGGGGUACAACAAGAUAAUAGACUCACUCUCGGAUCAGGAAAGGCUUUUGUUUAAGCCGCUCAUAUCCGCAUGUGAAAAGAAAGUCCAGCCGGGAAUUACAAAAUUGACCUGGACAUCAACAAUGUCUGAUGCAUAUAUUGCAGACUGCGUUUUACAAAUUGGUGAACUGCAAGAUUUUGUAACGACGUAUAAAAAUUGCAAUUUAAAUUUGGUAAAGAUAAUGGAAAAAGUUUGUGAUACCCCACUCAUUGAAUUUGAUAUCUAUAACGUUUUCGACAUAAAAGACCUUCGACACAAAAUAAGAGAAAUGGAAGAAGAAGCAGCUACAAAAAUACUGGAUAUGUACAAGGAAGUUGUAACUUACGUUAUAAUUGUGUAUGAAGGAUUUGAAUCAUAUAUAACACAGAUGGCCGAACACUGGAUUAAGUAUGUCAGGAGAUUUGACCAACUGUUAGAAGAUGCAUUACGAUUGACAAUUAAAGCUACCAUGCAAAACAUGUACAAAUGCGUACACGGUGACGGUACUAUGGCACCCUCACCGCUUAUCAAAAUGAAUCUAUAUUUAUCUGAUAAAAACCAUAUAAUUUAUGAUCCUACACGACAUGAACUGGAAGAUACAUUUACAACAGUUUUGGAGGAGAUAAUUCAUCUUAUGAGUACUAUUCCAAGAUUAUUUGAAAAAUUUGGAUUGCCCGCUGGUGGUCUUAAGAAGUUCAAAGAUGUGAUAACAAGUGAUACAGACAGUAACAAACUUCAAGCUUUGAUUGAUACAGAAAUUGAAUACAACGUUACUCUUGUAAAUGAACAUAUACGUCUGUGGAGUCCUUACUCUCAUAUCUGGAAAGUGGACAAAGAUGAUUUUAUGGUUAAUUAUAGAGAUGAAGGCCAUACAGCUGCAGACUUUGAUGCUUUAAUUAUCAAUUACAGUAACCUUGCUAACGCUGUGCAGAUACAAGAAACUGUUAAUCAGAUCCAUUUUAUAACUCUAAAUUCAAGUGAAUUAAAGAAAUCAAUCAUAGCCCAUUGCUUAGUGUGGCAAACAAAAUUAGGUGAAUUGUUAAGAAGAAUAACAGAAGCUGAUAUAGACGGAGUUUACGGUUAUAUUGAAAAAAGCAGCGCAGAUGCAAUGACCAUGCCCUCUAAUUUGAAAGAAUUAGCUUCUUCGAUGGCAACUUACGAACGUUUGAUCUCAGAAAUACCAACAAUAGAAAAGACAUUUCCUCCUAUCACAGAUAAAAUGAUGACUCUUGCUAAGUUUGAAGUGGAACUAGGACCUGAUAUGCCAACAAGGCAUGAAAAUAUUCCGGUGCAUUGGGCAGAAUAUUUAUUACUUCUUGAAGAGGCAAAAAAGUUGUUAGAAUUGAAUAAGGACAAGUUUAAAACUGAACUUUUGGAACAAGCUGAGGUGUUUAAAGAGCAAGCUAAAGAGUUCUGUGAAGAAUUUUAUAAUACUGCUCCAACCAGCACUGAUAUAAGUGGAAAAGAUGCACUAGCGCAAUUGAAAGCUUUUAGAGACCAACUAAAUGCACUUCGUUCUCAAGAACAACAGAUAAGAGAUGGACUAGCUGUUUUUAACUUAACGACGCCAGUGAAUCUCGAUCUUCAAAAGAUGGAGAAAGAACUGGAGAAACUGGAAGAAGUGUGGGGAUUGGUGUUUCAGUGGGAGGAGUCUUGGGAGAAAUAUAAAACACAAACGUUUUGGGAGAUGGAAACAGAUGAAAUGGAAGACAAUGUAAUGUUUCUGUUUAGAAAUUUUAACCGUCUCUCUCGUCAACUAAAAGACAAAGGAUGGGAUAUUAUUGACACAACUCGAGUUAAAGUCGAUGCAUUUCGACGAACAUUACCUCUGAUAGGAGAUUUGAAAAAUCCUUGUAUGAGGGAGCGCCAUUGGGACAGAAUAAAAGCUCUAAUGGGAGUCGAAUUUGAUCAAAAUUCUGAGGAUUUCAAGCUUGACCUGAUAAUGCGUCUUAAUUUUCAAGCAUUUGCUGAAGAUAUUGCAGAAAUAUCAAAUGCAGCAACUAUGGAGUUAAACAUAGAAAAUGGUCUUAAAGCUAUACGAGAAGUGUGGAAAAAUACGACUUAUGAAAUGCAGCAUCAAAAAGGAGAUAUGUAUAAGAUAAAAAAUGUUGAAGAAGUUAUGCAGUUUCUGGAAGACCAUCAAGUACAACUCUCUUCUAUGAAGUCUACAAAAUACGUCGAACCUUUUAUAAAAGAGGUAGACUAUUGGGAGAAGUCUUUGGGCUACGUAGCCGAGUGCAUUGAGAUCGCUUUGCAAGUUCAACGACGCUAUCUUUAUCUUGAGAGUAUAUUUAGUGGAGAAGAUAUUAGAAAGCAACUGCCAGCUGAAGUGAAGGUAUUUGAUGCUCUCACUGCAGAUUGGACUGAAAUAACAGGCAGCAUGUACGCUGGAUCUAAUGCAGUUGAAGCAUGUUUAUACAAACCUGCUCCGUAUGUUUUUAAUAAGCUAAACAAGAUGGUUGACAAUUUAGAUGGAAUAUUAAGAGCCUUGGAAAAGUACCUAGAGACAAAAAGACAGCUGUUUCCAAGAUUUUAUUUCAUUUCAAAUGAUGAUCUGCUUGAGAUUUUAGGAAAUUCAAAGAAACCGCAAUUAAUUCAAGUUCAUUUGAAAAAGUUGUUUGAUAAUGUUAAUAAAAUUAGAAUAGAUAAGCGUCGAGCCGUUGAGUUAUUGGAGACUCCACUAAGGGAUAAAGAAAAGCGAUGCAAGAGGAACCUUGCACUAAUGCAAAAAAACAAGAGCGUGUAUGAAGCCGAAGUACAACGCCAUAAUUGGAGAAACAUCUAUCACAUGGCACUGCGGCGGGCCAUCUAUGCUCACAGGUGGAACCAAGUUGCUUAUCUGCUGAGCAAGUCACCAAUUUGGGAGCACGAGAAGAGCGGUGAUUUACAUACUUAUAUUCGAGCAAUAACUAUACUGCUCAUGAAUCACCCUAGUGCAAAAGCUCAGUCGUUGUUGAACGACUACGCCCAUAUGAAUGCUUUAGGUCUGCCCGUAGCAAAGGCCAUGAUGUCUGAAGACGGUGAGUGUAUCGAAUGGAAGUAUAACUUGGUACUGGACGGGCCUGCUGAAGUAUGGCUUCUGGGGCUGGAGCAUACCAUGAGGGUUGUGUUACGAGACCAACUAAUAUUGACAAAGGCGGCACUGAGAAAAUGUCGAUAUCAGCGAGAGCAGUGGAUUAAUGACUAUCCAGGUCAGCUCGGUAUUACUUGCAGCAAGAUACAAUGGACCUCUGACUGCACUCGGACGCUUUGUCGCUGUGAAAUAAUGAAAGAAAAAAAGCCACUGAAGAAACUACGCAAGAAGCAGAACCAGAUCUUAGCAACGCUGCAGAUGAUGUCCAGGAAAGAGAUCACCAAGAUUCUGCGGUGCAAAGUGAACGCGCUGUGCGUUAUAGAGAUACAUUCUAGGGACACUGUGGAUAGGAUGUAUAAGAUGGGUUGCAUGUCAGUGACAGCGUUCGAGUGGUUCUCUCAGCUGAAGUUCUACUGGGACCGCGAACGCGAGGACUGCUACAUCAGGCAGACGAACACCAAUUCCAUCUACACUUACGAGUAUAUUGGCAAUUCGGGACGCCUCGUCAUCACACCGCUCACUGACAGAUGUUACAUUACCUUGACAACAGCACUUCACUUAUUCCGCGGCGGCAGUCCUCAGGGGCCGGCCGGUACCGGCAAGACGGAAACCACGAAGGACCUCGGCAGAGCUCUGGCCAGAUGGGUCGUUGUGACCAACUGUUCUGAUGGACUCGACUACAAGUCUAUGGCUAAAUGUUUUGCGGGGAUAGCUCAAAGCGGUUGCUGGGGCUGCUUCGACGAGUUUAACCGCAUCAACAUCGAAGUGCUGUCGGUGGUCGCACAACAGAUUCUCGCAGUGUUGCUCGCCUUGUCCCUCAACCAGAAGCGUUUCGUGUUUGAGGGCUCCGACAUCAAGUUGGAUGGCAACUGCGGCAUAUUCAUCACCAUGAAUCCUGGGUAUGCGGGUCGAACAGAAUUGCCCGAUAACUUGAAGUCAAUGUUCCGUCCGAUAGCAAUGUGCGUUCCUGAUUCACUUAUAAUCGCCGAGAAUACUCUGUUCUCGGAUGGUUUUACUGCGUACAAGAUUAACGCAAAGAAGGUCUUCACUUUAUACCAAUUGGCAAUGCAGCAGUUGUCAAAGCAGGAUCAUUACGAUUUUGGCUUACGCUCCAUGGUUGCGCUUCUUCGAUACGCCGGCGUUAAGCGGCGAGCCUAUCCGAAUUUACCCGAGCAAGAAAUGGUGAUCCUGGCCAUGCGUGACAUGAACGUUGCCCGUCUGACAGCAAAAGACGUGCCUCUAUUCGACGGUAUCAUGAGGGACAUAUUCCCGGACGUGGACAUCCCCACACUGGAUUACGAGAUGCUGGAGACCGCGAUUACCGCUGAGAUGAGAAUCUUGUCGCUGCAGCCCACUAAAGCAGCUUUGCACAAAGUUAUACAGACUUAUGAGACCAAAAACUCUCGACACUCCAGUAUCCUACUUGGAGAUACAAACACCGCAAAAUCAGUAUCCUGGAAGAUAUUAGCCGCGACCCUCAGCCGACUACAUCGCGAGAAAGUUCCCGGCUUUGAAAACGUCCAAACGUAUCCUAUGAAUCCCAAGGCGUUGACCCUAGGAGAACUUUAUGGGGAAUACAAUUUAGCUACGGGGGAGUGGAAGGAUGGAGUGCUGUCUUCUAUUAUGAGGACUACUUGUCAAGACGAGUCUCCCGACCAGAAGUGGAUCAUCUUUGACGGUCCGGUAGACGCGGUGUGGAUAGAGAACCUUAACUCUGUAAUGGACGACAACAAACUGCUCACUUUGGUCAACAGUGAAAGAAUAUCUAUGCCCUCUCAGGUGUCCUUGCUAAUAGAAACCCUGGACUUGGCCGUGGCGUCGCCUGCCACUGUGUCCCGUAACGGCAUAGUUUACAACGAUUACAAAGACUGGGGCUGGUGGCCUUACGUCAACUCGUGGCUGGAGUCUAUCACCGAUAUUGAGUACAGAGAAAGUCUAAGGCGUCACUUCUUCAAUAUCCUGACGCCAGUUUUAGAACUAAAACGCGUGCAUCUAGUGGAAGGUCAGAGUGUCAGGGGUCAAGAACUGACGGGUGUAAGAUCCAUGUGUCGCCUCUUGGGUCUGUUGCCCGCGCCACUGCCGCCCAUGCCUGACCAGGAGGAUAAUGAAGGCUUUUCCAAGAUGCGUUUCCUUUUUGCUCUGAUCUGGUCAGUUUGCGCCACUUUAGAGGAAGAGUCGCGACGUAAAUUCGACAAUUGGGUGCGAGAACACGAAGGCAUAUUUCCUCUCAAGGACACAGUGUAUGACUACUACGUGGACGAACGUCUACGACAAUUCAAGUCUUGGGAGGAUAAAUUACCGGACAAUUGGAGAUAUAAUCCUAAUUUAGGUUUCCACACUAUCCUGGUCCCUACGGUGGAGUUUAUCCGCGUGCAAAUGGUCGCGCUAGAGGCGGUCCGCGCAGGCCACGGAAUACUGGUCGGCGGUUCCACGGGUACAGGGAAGACAUUUCUACUUCAGGGUACCCUAGCCAGCCUUGAUCCUGAGAGGUACAGCACUCAAGUAAUAAACAUGUCCGCUCAGACAACGGCAGCUAAUGUCCAGGAUAUAAUCGAGGCGAGACUUGAGAAGAGGACUAAAGGAAACUAUGUGCCUGCUGGAGGCAAAAGGAUGAUAGCGUUCAUGGACGAUAUCAACAUGCCCGUGCGCGAUGAAUACGGUUCGCAGCCACCGCUGGAGUUGGUGCGGCUCUGGUACGACUACGGGUACUGGUUCGAUCGCCAAAAACAGUGGCGGAAGAAUGUUAAGGACAUGGUGCUGUGCGGAGCGGCGGGUCCUCCAGGUGGGGCACGGUCACCUCUACCGCCUCGCCUUCUGUCCUGUUUCCACGCCUUCUUCCUGCCGCCGCCGACGCAACAGCAACUCGUGAAGAUCUUCGGCACAAUGCUGUCGCAGCACUUGCAGGAUUUUGAUGAGGAGACCAAAACUGUUGGUAAAAUAGUUCUCCAGGCAACUAUCGACAUGUUCAACAAUAUAGUGGCGAAGUUAUUGCCGACACCCAGCAAAAUGCACUACCUGUUCAACUUGAGGGACAUUUCCAAAAUAUUCCAGGGUCUUUUGAGGAGUAAUAAAGACUAUCAAAACACUAAGCCCCGUUUCCUUAGACUCUGGGUUCAUGAGUGCUUCAGAGUGUUUAGCGAUCGCCUCACUGAGGAAAAAGAUCGCGAUUGGUUCAUGAAUCACAUAACUGAAAUGCUGGGGAAGCACUUUGAACUGACCUUCCACGCCCUCUGUCCCUCAAAGAGUCCACCAUUGUUUGGACACUUCCUCAACCCUUUUGAGGUGUAUGACGAUUUGAACGACCCUGCUGCACUAAGGAAGUACAUUGCCAAUCAAAUGGAAGAAUACAACAGCUGUCCAGGCGUGGUGAAAAUGGAUUUGGUGUUGUUCAAGGACGCGAUUGAGCACAUCUGUCGUAUCGUACGCGUUAUAUCGCAGCCGCGUGGGCAUAUGCUGUGUGUUGGCAUUGGGGGCUCUGGAAGGCAAAGUUUGACGCGAGUGGCUUCGUACAUCUGCGAAUGCAACUCUUACCAAAUAGUGGUCACGAAGACAUACGGCAUCAAGGACUUUCGAGAAGACCUUAAGACAUUGUAUACAAGCUGCGGCGUGGACACGAAGAAGACAACAUUCAUCUUCUGCGAUACACAAAUAGUGGAAGAGACGUUCACGGAAAUUGUCAACAACUUGCUCAGUAGUGGGGAGAUUACCAAUUUGUACAAGCCUGAUGAAUUUGAAGAUAUAAAAUCAGCACUCGAGAAGCCAAUGAAGGCGGCAAAUCUGAUGCAAACCAACGAGAUGGUGUAUCUUUUUCUGGUUGAACGAGUGCGGGCUAAUAUGCAUAUCGUUUUAUGCUUCAGCCCGAUUGGUGACGAUUUCAGGAAUCGAAUACGCCAGUACCCAGCUCUGAUCAACGCUACAACUACAAAUUGGUUCUUGGAGUGGCCGAGGGAAGCUUUGCUCGAGGUCGCCUACAAGUUCCUUGAGGGUGUUGAACUACUUGCUUCUAUUACUGGACCCAGAGUCCGCAGAAAGGAAUCUCUGGUAGAGAGUCGCGAGGACAUCAUGAGAGCAUCAGUAGCGUCAAUAAUGUCUCUGAUCCACUCGUCGGUAGGCCAGUACUCUGCCAAGAUGUGGCGAGAGAUGCGCAGGACAAACUACGUGACGCCCACCAACUAUCUGGAACUCGUAUCUGGAUAUAAAGAAAUGUUAAAAGCGAAGAGGAUUGAAAUAGCGCUUCAAGCUAACAAGUUGAGGAAUGGUUUAGGAAAAGUGGAGGAGACGACAAAGCUUGUGGGACAAAUGUCCGAAGAGCUGGCUGUAGCUCAGGUCCAAGUUGCGGAGUACACCGAACAAUGUAUCGAAUACAUGGGAGUGAUCAACGUGCAGCAACGUAACGCUGACGAGCAACAACGCAGCGUUGCAGCUAGAAGCAAGAAAACGCAAGAAGAAGAAGUUCAGUGCAAGAAACUUGCCGAAGCAGCCAUGAGGGAUCUAGCCAGCGCCAUGCCUGCUUUGGAAGAAGCUGUAAAAGCCUUGGAUGCUUUGAACAAGAAAGACAUUACUGAGGUGAAGUCGUACGCGAAGCCACCGCAAAAAGUGGAAAUGGUAUUAGAGGCAGUGCUCAUAUUGCUACAGAAAGAGCCAACUUGGGCGGAAGCGAAGAGGCAACUCGGCGAUCAAUAUUUCCUGGACCGUCUACGUGAUUUUGACAAGGACAAUAUAUCGGACAAAACUUUGAAAAAGAUCGGUACCUAUACCUGCAAACCUGACUUCGAUCCGGAGAUCGUAGGCACUGUGUCCCUUGCGGCCAAAUCACUAUGUUUGUGGGUUAGAGCUAUAGAGAAAUAUGGGAAAGUUUAUAAAAUAGUAAAACCCAAAAAGGAGCGUCUAGAAGAAGCGUUGGAAUCUUUACGGAUGAAACAACAGAUUCUGGCUGAAGCACGAGCUAAACUCAGGGAACUGAGUGAAAUGAUCGCUCGCUUACAGAAGGAGUAUGAUGAAAAAGUUGCUCAGAAAGAGGAACUAGAACGAAAAUCUAGGAUGCUGCAGCUAAAAUUGGAAAGAGCUGAGGCUUUAAUUACUGGACUCUCUGGUGAACGUGAGCGUUGGGAGGUGACUGUAGAGAGAUUGGACAAGGAGUUUGAAAACCUCCCGGGCGACUGUCUCAUCGCUACCGGGUUUAUCGCUUACCUCGGGCCCUUUGUCUCCGAAUACCGGGAAUCGCUUAUGUUUGAUUGGUUCAAUGAGGUGUGCAAUGAAACACUACCUGUGACUAUGGAUCUUAGCAUGAAGGUGUUUCUGCUUGAUGACGCAACGUUAAGAGAUUGGAACUACAUGGGUCUACCAGAUGACAACUUCAGCGCAGAGAAUGGCAUAAUUGUUGUCCGGGCUACUAGGUGGCCCCUUGCAGUGGACCCUCAAGGUCAAGCACUUAUUUGGAUAUCACGGCUUGAGGAGAAAAACGACAUUCAGAUUGUCGACUUUGGUCAACCGAACUACCUCAAGGUCAUGGAGACAUGCUUGUCGGCCGGUCAGCCUAUAAUUGUACAGAAUGUGGGCGAAGUUCUCGACCCUUCCAUCGCACCCAUCCUGGACAAGGCGAUCGUCAAGAUCGGACACGAUUUGGUCAUCAAGUUCAAUGAGAAAAUGGUGCCCUACAAUACGAAUUUCAAGAUGUAUUUGACUACUAAGCUAGGAAACCCAGUGUACACACCGGAGACUUUAACAAAGACAACGAUGGUAAACUUCGCGGUAAAGGAACAAGGACUGACGUCACAACUCCUUAGCAUCGUGGUGCGUAAGGAGCGACCCCAGCUCGAGACCAUGAAGGACAACCUUGUGAUGACCAUCGCGAAGAAUAAGAAGACGUUGGUCGAUCUAGAAAACGACCUGCUUCGCAUAAUGUACGAGUCUCAAGUGCCUCUAUUGGAAAAUGAAGAGCUUUUCAUAACACUGCAGACUUCGCAACGCACAUCGCUUGAGGUCAAAGAGGCUUUAAUCACUUCGCAGGUUACAGAGAAAGAGAUCGACACUGCUAGACAGGGCUACGUCCCCGUAGCAGUACGUGCCUCAGUGCUCUUCUUCGCACUGAACGAUCUGUCGCGAAUCGAUCCAAUGUACCAGUUCUCACUGGACGCCUACAUCGAUCUGUUCACGUACUCCAUCGACCGCAGCCCUAAGAGCGGCGAGCUCGAAGAUAGGAUCAAUAAUCUGAACGAGUUUCACACUUUCUCUGUGUACAAGAAUACUUGCCGGGCGUUGUUCGAGCGCCACAAGCUACUGCUGUCGUUCCACAUGGUGUCGCGCAUCCUGUUCCAGGCGGGCAAGAUGAGCUCGCACGAGUACCUGUUCCUCCUCAAGGGCGGUGUAGUGCUCGACCGCUCCGAGCAGCCAGACAACCCCACCAACUGGUUGCCAGAAGACUGCUGGGACAAUAUUACCGAGAUGGACAAACUUCCCGGCUUUCACGGAAUCACCGAUGCCUUCGAGAUCUUCUCGAAAGACUGGAAGGAGUGGUACUUACAUCCAGAGCCGGAGACCCAACCGCUUGUUGGUGAAUGGAAUGAUAUCUGCAAUGAAUUCCAACGCAUCCUGUUCGUGCGCUCUCUACGUGUCGACCGCGUUUCAGCAUGCAUCACGACCUAUAUCGUCAACGUACUCGGGCCGCGAUACGUUGAACCGCCCGUGCUUGAUAUCAAGGCAGCCUGGGAGGAAUCAACGUGGAAGACCUCGCUCCUAUUCGUCCUGUCACCCGGCGUGGAUCCCACUUCUGCUCUUAUCCAGCUCGCUAUAGACGUGAAGAUGUUUGACAAGUUCCAGUCGCUCAGUUUGGGCCAAGGCCAGGCCCCUACAGCUGCCAAGAUGUUAUCACAUGGCAUGAAAGAGGGGGGAUGGGUGUUUCUGGCCAACUGUCACUUGGCGUGCGUAUGGCUGGGCGCGCUGAGGGGGUUGGACAAUCCUCGCAUUCAUCCACGCUUUCGGCUCUGGCUUUCAUCUAUGCCUGAUGAUAAAUUUCCUCUCAAUGUGCUCCAAAGGUCCAUCAAGAUGACAACAGAACCGCCUCAGGGACUCAAAGGCAAUAUGGUCCGACUGUUUGCAAACCUGAACGAGGAUAAAUUCGACGAGGCCACGCCCAAAUACCGUAGGCUACUGUUUUGCGUGUCCUUCUUCCACUGUUCGCUAAUUGCACGGAAACGGUUCCGCCAACUGGGAUACAAUGCUGUUUACAGCUUCAACGAUUCGGACUUUGAGGUAUCAGACAAUCUUUUAGCCAACUACCUGGAAGAAUACGAGGAUGUCCCUUGGGAUGCCCUUCGCUACUUAUUCGCUAUCAUCAACUAUGGCGGGCACAUCACGGAUGACUGGGACAAACGCGUGCUGAUCGCUUACAUCAACCAGUUCUUUUGCGAAGAGGCUCACGACACACCCUUUUAUAGACUCUCGAGUAUCCCAGCGUACCAUAUACCGCGGGAUGGCAGUUUGGAGUCGUACCGGGAUUUCCUGGACCUCCUGCCAGGGUACGAGCGGGCGGAGUCCGUGGGACAACACGCUUCAGCUGACGUUGCUGCUUUGGCACAGGAUGCGCGUAUUAUGUGCUCAACGUUAUUUGCGCUCGCGUCUACUGGAGGCGGCGGGGGUGGUGGUGGAGAAGAUCAGAAGGUGGAUGAACUGGCUGCUGAGAUGCUGGUGAAGCUUCCGGCACCCAUCGACAUGGAGACCACGGAGCGUAUGAUGGGGCCGGAGAUCGUAAUGCCCAUAUGCGUCUCCUUGGUGCAGGAGAUCGGGUAUUACAACACCCUGAUAUCCAGCAUCGUCGCUGGUCUGAAGGAACUCCGUCGUGCGAUCGAAGGUUUAGUGGUGAUGUCAGAAAUGUUGGAGAUCAUGUACACGUGUAUAUUUGAGGGCAGAGUGCCAUCGUUUUGGCAAAGAGCUCGUCCGUCUAUGAAGCCGCUGGGCGCGUGGUGUCGGGAGCUGUUCCUACGCGGGAGUCACUUGGGCGCGUGGGCCAACGCUCCCCGCUCGCCCCCCACUUUGUGCUGGUUGCCCGCUCUGGUGGCGCCCACUGGAUUCCUCACCGCAGUUAUGCAGACCACAGCGCGAGGUGAAGGGUGGCCCAUAGACACGCUGUGUUGGGAGUUCACGGUAAUGCCGCUAGAGGAGAAUGCCUUCGUGCGGCCGCCCAGAGACGGCGGCGUUUACAUCAGAGGCCUGUUCCUGGAAGGAGCGAGCUGGUUCCGCAAGGACGGUCACCUACAGGAACCCUUGCCGAUGCAGCUGGUGUUCCCCAUGACGCCCAUACACUUCAAACCCGUCCGUGCCACUGGACGGAAGUUGAAAAAUCGCUACGUGUGCCCAUGUUACUACUACCCGCUGCGUAAGGGUGCUUUUGUAGUGGCCGUGGACCUCCCCUCCGGCAAGCAGACCUCCGACUUCUGGGUCAAGAGAGGCACCGCUCUCCUAUGCACCCUGGCCACAUAACCUGUGUUGUUUAAUGUUUUGAAUGUGUGUGUCACUUAAAAUAAAUAUAUAUUUUAAUGAA